GUUCGUAGUGUCAAGUUUAACUUCUCUUGUGGUUGCUCUAGUUUUAAGUCCAUUUAGUUUGUAGAAAAUAAAAGUUUUUGAUUCCCAAAACGAACAUUCGAAUUAAUUGGAAGUAAUUUUGUGUUGACAUUAAACAAAAAAAAAAUGAUUUUAUUUUUGAAACGUAGAAGGGAGAGCGAAAAAAGAUUAGCAGCCGAAAGAGCCGCAAAAGCAUCCCAAUCACAAGUGCCUAUCUCAUCAAGACCAACAAACUUCGAGAAAUUCCAGCAACGAACUUCCCGUUCCUUAAGUCCAUCAACAGCAAACAGCACAACAUCCCAAAAGUCAAGAACAUUACCACAAGCUGGGAGCUCAUCAAAAGCUUCUGGAUCGACAGAGAACUUGCGGACUUCAUCUCUUAAGAUUCCAAAAUCUAAUGAAGCUGGAAGACGAAAAUCUUCAGGAAAUGUUGAUGAAAAUUCAGCAGAAAAUGACAACAAUUCAACAGAUGCUCCUGAUACUGCAGAAAGUUCCAAACCUGUUUGCACCAACACUGAUGAUCAUCUUUGGUCCUCAAAUGAACAACUUGAUAGGAAUUUAACUUUCAUUCCAUCAGUUGGACGAGCCAAGGUCACAUACUCAUAUGAGCCACUCCAAGCAAUCGGCUCACCAGAAUCUCCUGACAUUCCAGAUUCUAAUCAAUCUUUAUCAUAUUUAUUGACAUCAUGCGUAUCAAAUAAUCAGCGUUCAUCGGUCUCAUCCUUAUCGCCAGUUUCUGAACCAAUUUUUCAAUUUCCAACAGCACCAAAGAUUUCAAUUGAGGAUUUUGGAAAUCUACCAAGUUAUGAUGAUGUUAUGGCAUCUGUGGAUUAUGAAGAUAGAGAGCCUUGAGAUGGGAAUUGGAUAGAUCUACCUCAUGGGUUGGCUUGAAGCUUUGUUAACAUUUACAUUUUUAAAUAUUUAUUAGGAUUCAAAUCUUGAUGUUUAAAGUGAAUUAUUAUAAAGGUCGUAUUAACGAGUUAAGGUUGGGAAGAGGGGGACUUGCUAUCAAGUAGAGCAGUGGUUGCCAACCUUUAUUGUGACACGGCACACUUUAAUCGUCAGACGCACACGGCAUACGGUUCGUAGGAUUUCCCAACUUAGUGUGCCGUGGAUAAUAGGUUGACCAUCACUGAAGUGAAGCAUAUUUUUAGAGAGAGAAAUAUUUUUAAAAUCUCAGUUUUUGGACAAUUUUUAACUAAUUUUAAGCUUAACAA